AGUGAGGGCGGGCUGACUCAACCUGCCACUCCCCGCUCAGGCCUUCACGGGAGCGCGCAUCUACUCCUGCGCGCACUCACGCUUUACUACCAACAGGCACUUAAUUCCAGGGAGGAAGUCACUGAGAUUGGGAAACGAGCAACGACUCCAAACGUGCCAAAAAAAAAAAAAAAAAAAAGAAAAAGUAAAAACCCAACCAAGGGACGGGAAGAGGUGUGAACGCAGCAUUCCCUCACUGGGAACAGUAAAAACACCAAACUUUAAUAUGGACUAGAGGCGCUCGGUCGCGGCAGAUGGAGGCGGCGAGAAGUUUGCUGUUUGUCGGGGCCGUGCUGCUCGGAGUGACGGGCGCGUUGGGCAGAGAAGUGUGCCUGGGUACAGACAUGAAGCUGGCCCUGCCCUCCAGCCUGGAAAACCACUACGAGACCCUGAAGCUGCUCUACACUGGCUGUCAGGUCGUCCACGGCAACCUGGAGAUUACACACCUUCAUGGACAGCCUGACCUCUCUUUCCUACAGGGUAUUGUGGAGGUGCAGGGCUAUGUACUUGUAGCCCAUGUUUCAGUGAAUUUGGUGCCUUUGGACAACCUUCGGAUCAUCCGAGGCAGCCAGCUGUACAACACCAGCUAUGCCCUGGCAGUGCUGGAUAAUACUUUUAACGGACAGGGGCUCAGUACACUCCGGCUUCGUAGCCUCACAGAGAUCCUGUUGGGUGGGGUGUAUAUUUGGGGGAACCCCCAGCUGUGCUUCCCAGAUCCCCAGAACAUCACGUGGAGGGACACUUUGGAUGAGCAGAACAUCCACGCCAAGCAGCACCGACUGCAGCCUCGGGCCUCUAAAUGUCCAAGUUGUUCCCCUGCAUGUGAGACAAGCUGCUGGGGAGAAACCGCACAGGACUGCCAAACCUUGACCCGAAUCAACUGUGCGUCUGGCUGUCAGCGGUGUAAAGGACGUCUGUCCAAUGACUGCUGUCACAUGCAGUGUGCUGCUGGAUGCACAGGACCCAAAGACUCAGACUGUCUGGCGUGUCGUCAUUUCAACGACAGUGGUGUGUGUAAGGACAACUGUCCUCCACCCACUAUCUACGACCCCGUCACCUUUCAGACCAAACCAAACCCAAACAAGAAGUUCAGCUUUGGAGCCACCUGUGUCAAGACGUGUCCCUAUAACUACCUGGCUAUGGAUGUGGCUUGCACUUUGGUUUGUCCCAAAGCCAACCAAGAAGUUAUCAUCACCAAUCCUGAUGGAAACGAGAUGCAGAAAUGUGAAAAGUGUGAAGGAGACUGUCCUAAAGUGUGUUAUGGUCUGGGUAUGGACAGCCAUGGCGUCAUGGACAACCAUGUUGUCACCAUGGUAACCUCUUCUAAUGUGGAGCAGUUUAACUCUUGUAAGAAGAUUUUUGGCAGUCUGGCCUUCCUCCCUCAGAGCUUUGAGAGGGACCCUGUGACCAACACAUCAGGCCUGACUCUCAAGCAGCUGAGCGCCUUCAAGAACCUGGAGGAGAUUACAGGUUAUUUGUACAUUGAUGCCUGGCCAGAGAACUGGAUUGACUUAAGUGUGUUUGAGAACCUGAAGGUGAUCAGAGGCAGGAUGCUCUACAAGGGUGUGUUUUCACUGGCCAUCCAGAACUUACACAUCCAGUCACUCGGGUUGCGUUCACUACGCAGCAUCAGUGGAGGUUUAGUCCUGUUGCACAACAAUUCCCAGCUGUGCUACACCAGUUCCCUGCCCUGGGGGACUCUCCUCCAUCCCACCCAGGGACCGCACUACAUCGUCAGCCACAACCAAGAUCCCAAACUCUGUGAGGCAGAGGGCCGUGUUUGUCACUCGCUGUGUGAGGGGGGCUGUUGGGGCCCAGGGCCCAGCCAGUGUGUGUCCUGUAAGGCUUUCCAACGAGGAACUGAGUGUGUAGAGCAGUGUGACAUCUAUCAGGGGCCUGUGCGUGAAUACACAGAUGGAUCCUUGUGUGUCGCCUGUCACACAGAGUGUCGGCCUCUCAACGGCUCUGCGUCCUGUCAUGGCCCGGGUGCAGACCAGUGCACAGAGUGUCAGAACUUCCAGGACGGUGAGUCUUGUGUGGAUCAUUGUCCGAGCGGUGUGAAGGAGGAUCAGCAUACUGUGUGGAAGUACAGCAAUGCCACAAGACACUGUCUGCCCUGCAACACCAACUGUACACUGUCCUGCACUCUGAUGGAUGAGAGAGGCUGCCCCAUUCAUACCAAGACAGGACCGGGUACGACCAUAGCGGCUGCAGUGGGUGGUGUGGUGCUCUUCUUCAUCCUGCUGGCUCUGCUUGUCUUCUACCUGAGGAGACAGAGGAAGCUUAAGAGGAAAGAGACCAUGAGGAGGAUCCUGCAGGAGCACGAGCUGGUGGAGCCUCUAACACCCAGCGGUGCCUCACCCAAUCAGGCUCAAAUGCGUAUCCUGAAAGAGACUGAGCUGAAAAAGCUCAGGGUGCUGGGUGCAGGGGCUUUUGGUACUGUUUACAAGGGAGUGUGGGCUCCUGAUGGGGAAAACGUGAAGAUACCAGUGGCCAUUAAGGUUUUACGAGAGAACACCUCACCAAAAGCCAAUAAAGAAAUCCUUGAUGAGGCCUAUGUGAUGGCAGGGGUGGCCAGCCCCUACGUGUGUCGUCUGCUGGGGAUUUGUCUGACCUCCACAGUGCAGCUGGUCACUCAGCUGAUGCCGUACGGCUGCCUCCUCGACUACGUCAGGGAGAACAAGGACCGCAUUGGCUCCCAGUUCCUCCUCAACUGGUGCGUCCAGAUUGCCAAGGGGAUGAGCUAUCUAGAGGAGGUCCGGUUGGUCCACAGAGAUUUGGCCGCUCGCAAUGUUUUAGUGAAGAACCCAAAUCACGUGAAGAUCACUGACUUUGGCCUGGCCCGCUUGCUCGAUAUAGAUGAGACUGAAUAUCACGCGGACGGAGGGAAGGUGCCGAUUAAAUGGAUGGCUCUGGAGUCAAUUCUGCACAGAAAGUUCACUCAUCAGAGUGAUGUUUGGAGCUACGGGGUGACGGUAUGGGAGUUGAUGACGUUUGGUGCUAAACCCUACGACAUGAUCCCAGCAAGGGAAAUCCCAGAUGUUUUGGAGGGAGGAGAGCGGCUGCCGCAGCCCCUCAUCUGCACCAUUGACGUCUACAUGAUCAUGGUCAAAUGUUGGAUGAUUGACCCAGACAGCAGACCAAGGUUCAAAGAUCUGGUGAAUGAUUUUACUGCCAUGGCCAGAGAUCCACCUCGUUAUGUAGUUAUACAGAAUGAUGAGCAAAUGAGCAUGUCCAGCCCAGUGGACAGCCAGUUCUUCCGGAUGCUUCUGGAGGAGGAGGGGAACAAUAUGAGGGAACUGCUGGAUGCUGAGGAGUAUCUGGUGCCACAACCAAACCUCUUUCCCAGGGCUCAGGGAGACGGGUCUCAAGCCAACGGGCCAUCUAGACACCAAUCAUACAGGAGUAGAGAUCUGGGCUUAGAUGUUGAGCCCUCCAUUGCCGGUGGCCCUCGCAGCAUGUACUCCUCCCUAAGCACUCUUGGCCGCAGUCAGUACCCCACCUUACCAUUAGGAGGUAGCACCUCCAAUGGCAUGUGGACUCCCCAAUACCCAACUCUGGCUCGAAGCCCCUCAGCCAGCGGGCAGUCUGACUCGGUCUUCCUGGAUGGGCCUCCAGAUGACUCGCUGCCCCCGGCCAGCCCCGGCCGUUACUGCAAAGACCCCACCUACCCCAACGGCAGCCAGGAUGACCUGGAGACAGAUGGGCCAAAUGGCUUUCAUCAUCCUCAUCACUUUCAUCACUCACUGCCCAGACGAAGUCAUGGGCAUAAUCAUAAUCAUGCCUUGCCAGAGUAUGUCAACCAAGAAGUCCAGGAUCUCAGGCUGGGGAUCCCUGAGCGGCCCAGCACACUGCCUCGUAAAGGCUCCAAAGUGGACCGACGCCUCCCCAAUGGCCUGAGCUCUGGUCACAGUGUGGAGAACCCGGGAUACUUGGUCCCCAUGAGCUCCAGGGGUUCCACCUCCCCAGCCUUUGACAACCCGUACUACCUGGACCUUGUGGCCAAAGCCAAAGCUGUAGCAGGGGCUGCAGCAGUGGACGGCCCCGGGCAAGUGGAGCGAGACGAAGGAAUGCCCAGGCAGGUGAACGGGUUUGUGACCUCCACGGCGGAGAAUCCAGAGUAUCUGGGACUAGCGGACACCUGGAGUGGAUAUACUUGAGAUGGGGAAUGGAAGUGAUGUGAGGAACUCAAGAGGAGUCGCAGGUUGUGUUCGUGGAGCGAGAGAACGGCAGAACUGAGCUUAGUGUGUGCUAAGUGUGCUUAAUAUUGGGAAUAGUGGGCACAUGUGGAACUGAAUCUACUCUGUAGAGAAGAGAAGCGACCGAAUAGAAAAAGUAGUUGACGGUGUUUGGCAGAAAUCACCAAAACACCCAGUUGUGACACACCAUGACUCAAUACUCUGUAGCAUUAAUCUGGUGUCAAUGGCAUCAUUCGUAUUCCUGCCUUUUCUCAGCAAUCUGCACUCUCUAUGUGACUGUUAGGUGCCAAAAAAAAGAAGUUUACUCAGCCUCUGUAAAUAAUUCAGUACUUGAUAAGCAAAGGAGUUCACAUCUGUCAAAAUCCAUCAUGGUACUCGAAGGAGAACAGGGGAAGUUUUUAAUCUCAGAAUCCAACAUUUGACUGGAUUAAUGAAUGCUGAUUUUUCUUUUUUUUUUUUUUUUAAAUAUUCGUUUUUUUUAAAGUUGGUGUCGUUUCUACUACAUGUGAAGCAUUAUUUGUAAUUCCUUCACUUCCCCUGUGCAUCCUGAUAUGCUAGUCAGCCCAGCUAAACAGAGAAAAACAUAGAGCACUUUGACAAAGUGAGCCAUAAUAUGCAUUGAAGAUGAUGUUUAGUAUUCUGGUCACUUUCUCCUGACCUGAUGGGGGUCUUCAAUACACUCAAAAGCCAUUUUGUUUUGGCCAGAGAGGGCCUUGCAGCCCAUCUGGCCAGUAGACAUGCUCCCUGAAAGAAAGGCAUCCUGUAUGUAGAAGACAGAGGCAUUGUGCUGCACUGAUGUAUGUGGUUGUUAGUGUCGGUGGCUGCAGCUACUUUGUGGUGACAGAUGAGGUAUGAGGUAGCAGCAGACUUUAUAGGCUACAAAAACCUCAAAAAUUCAGUUUUUGUUUUACAGAUGUGUACUGGUAAUUAAGUUAACUUUUCAGGAAUUUACUAUUUUGCAAAGAUGAUUAUUUGCAUUUUAAAUAAUGCACAAUGCACUACAUGGUAGGAUAUUGCAUAUGCCCCCUCAGGCUUGUGUUAUCACAAUGAGCCUUUUGGUUUUGGUGGACGUUGACUGUGCAAGAAAGCACUACAAGCUAUUGGUGAAUAUAUUCCAAGAAAAGUGAAGAAUUUGCAUGUGUAUAUACAUGUAUUUGUUACCCUUUACGGAACAAAAAGCAGUUUUUCUGUUUGUAUUUUUGUGUAAAAGUGAGCAACACACUAGACACUGGAGCUGAAUGUGAUUCUGAUGAUGCAAAAUUUGCUCUGCUCGGUUUGGAUAAUCAAUGCAUGACUCAAAUUCCACUCGAUGAGAACCCACUGGCAUCCUAGUUAAUAAUCAACAGCAUUUUUUUGAAGACUGAUUUUCCUUUUUUUUCUUUUUUUUCAUGUUAACUGGUGUUGGGCUGGGGGAGGUCAAACAGAGUCAAUGGAGCCAUUGUCUGACCCCAUGUUCUUGUUGAAAAGUCAGCACUCUCCCAACUCGCUCAUCCCAGCGACUGAUGUUUUCACAGCGUUGGACAGGAAAAAAAUUAUUUUUUUCCUGCAGAUUUUUCGGACUCUGCUGCAGAAUGUGGGUCAGUGUUUGAGUCUCGUAAUCCGGAAAAAUUUCUAAGUCUUGAAACAGGAUAUUGGGUGAUUUUUUCCCUCUCCUGUUGCAUACUAAAACUGCAUCUUGCCAUCCAGCUACUACUGAGUGAGUUUCAACAUUGAUAAUUUUUUACAUAUGAACCUCUCUGAGAUGGAUAUUUUCUCAGCGAUUCCCCACUCAAUGAAUUAAAUGUGUCAGGUGAAGAGUGGCAAGGCUGAGAGUUUUGUUGAAAUGUGUACAAGCCUCCACCAUACCCCCAUCAUCACGUCUGUUUUACUCCAAAGUGUGUGGGAAAUUAUCUUUUAUCUUGAUGUUCUCAUACGGGUUCAAAGAAAAGUUUGAAGAGUAUACAAUAAGAUCUCUAAAAUUGAUACCUGAUUUUAUAUAACAAUUUCUUACAUACUAGUAAUAUGUUUUAUUAAUCAAAACAUAUUUUAAUACCUUCUGCUAUUAUAUACUAACAUUGUUCAGAAUUAAAUUUAUUUUUUGAGUGAUAAGAUUAACAUUACAGUUGUUUCAUGUUUUUAUAUAUACAGUGGAUUUGAGUGUUUUGGAAUGAAACCUUUCAUAUGUAUUGUUGCUGGUGAGGCCCUCAUAUCUCCACAAAGUUUUUAAGAGAAAAGCAGCUUUAAAGGAUGGAUUCACAGUUUUCCAGUCUGUCUUAAAACAACAGUCAGGUGCUUAUAUGAACAUUGAGACAUGUUUUUCUUGCUGUAAUCAUUCCUCCUGUUCACACUGACCAUUAGAUGAUUCCCUCUAAAAGUGCUUUCAAAGGGGGACAAAAUCCACAGUCCUUAUUUUGUAAAAAAAUAAAUUUCAAAGUUUAUCUGAAGCUAAUACGAGGCUUCAGUCGACCACGUGCGUCAAAUUAAGUAGAAAUCUUCCACAGUUAAGUGUUUUUAAUACAAAAUUCCCUGUUUGUGUUUCCCUGGACAGUGUCUUUCUGCUGAGUGGCAUUGAGAGGAUAGUAACAAAAAGAGGGAAAUUUGCAGUGAAAAGAUGGUAACUUUGGAAGAUAUCCUCUUGGUUUUACUAAUUUGGACAAAUGAAGCCUCAUAUUAGCUUCUGAUAAGCUUAAUUACAUUUUUGCACAAACAAAGGGUGUGGAUUUUGCCCCCAUCA